AAAUAACUGCAAGGGGGCGCAGGUGGAAGUCACAACCGCAGGGGAGCAAAAUCUCUUUUACUCCACCGAUUCCAUACGAGAAAAUUGAGAGAUUUUCAAAGCAGAGGAAGCUGGAAACUUCACUUCACUUCACAUACAAAGGUUUAAUUCCCGUUCGUUAGAUUAGCGACUAUUGAUCGAUCGUUCAUCAAUCAUGAGAACUCGAAAUGCCGAUUCCUCUUCCAAAUCGGCAACCCCCAAAAAAACACCGCCAGCGAGGAAAUCCGCCGCUAAAACCACCGCAGAAUCCGCUGCGGUGAAGCGCACCCCUGCCACCAAAACCAGAAGCAUCAAGAAGAAAGAGGCCUCGCCCGCACCCGGUUCCAAUCUCGAUCAAUCUCCUUUGGAGCAAAAAUCGUUAGCCAGUGCUAGCACUACAAAAUCUAUAAAGAAGAGGACUCCAGGGAGACCGAGAACUAAGGUAAUUGAUAUUCCUGAUUUGGAAGAACAAUUAGAGGCAGUAGCUGAUGAAACACCAAUUGAAGAUAAUUUAGAGCCAGCAGGGAAAGUGGAAGAACCUAGAGAUGUUGAAGUUGUGAAUGCAGAUGAUGUUGAGGGUGAGAAAAAGGGGGAACAAGGUGUUGGGUCUGUUAAAUUAUAUGAUGAGAAGGAACAGAAGUCCUUGGAAGUGGAUGAACCUGUUGUUGAAAACGUUUGCAAAUCGGGGGAUAAGGGGAAGGGCAUAAUGGAUAUUGAAGUAACUGCUUCUCAGGAUGCUUCUAUAACUUUUAAACGAUCUGGGCGCACCAUUGUUGACCUCAACAUAUCUGCAGAUAAUGAAGAUUGUACUGGUGAAAAGGAGGGAGAGGAGGAGUUGACAAAAGAGGAGGGAAAGAAAGGAAAUGAAGGGUUUAACAAACUGGAAGGAGAGAAAGGAAAGGAAGAGUUGAAAGAUCAGGAAGGGGAGAAAGGAAAGGAAGAUUUGAAAGAUCAGGAAGGAGAGAAAGGAAAAGAAGAAUUGAUGGAACUAAAAGGAGAAAAAGGAAGGGAAGAGUAUAAAGAACAGGAAGCAGAGAAAGGUAAGGAAGAGUUAAAAGAACAAGGACAGAAAGGAAAGGGAGAGUUGAAAGAACUAGAAAGAGACAAAGGAAAGCAAGAGUUGAAAGAGGAGGAACCAGAUAAAGGAACAAGAGAGGAAACUUACCUUUUUGGACAGGAGGAGAACACUGAGUCUUUUGGUGUAGAAAUGAAAGCCCAGAUGCAAGAUGAAGAUGAUUAUCCCAAAAAGGAUGGUGUUGAUGGGCCAAAGAAUGAUGAGAAGUUAGAUCUUGGAGAACAAGGGACGGAGGAGCUUGUUGAGGAAGAUCCAGAGGAAGAUCCUGAGGAACCUCAAGAAGAAACAGAGGCGGCAUUGGAGGAGGAGCAUAGGGAAUUGGAGGCCAUUGCAAAGCAGCGGAAGAUUAGAAAAGAACACGAGAUUUUUGUUGGUGGGCUGGAUCGGGAUGCUACAGAGGAAGAUCUGAGGAAGGUUUUUCAGAGGAUUGGGGAGAUAGUUGAAGUCAGGUUACAUAAAAAUUCUUCAACAAACAAAAAUAAGGGCUAUGCUUUUGUGAAGUUUGCUAAUAAGGAGCAUGCAAAGAAAGCUCUGUCUGAAAUGAAGAACCCUGUUAUACAUGGUAAACGGUGUGGAACUGCACCUAGUGAAGAUAAUGACACAUUAUUCUUGGGAAAUAUUUGCAAUACAUGGACAAAAGAAGCUAUUAAACAGAAGUUGAUAGAUUAUGGUAUUGAAGGGGUUGAAAGCAUCACACUUGUCCCAGAUGUUCAGCAUGAAGGCAUGAGCCGGGGCUUUGCAUUCCUAGAGUUCUCUUGUCAUGCUGAUGCCAUGCUUGCAUACAAGAGGCUUCAAAAGCCCGAUGUUAUCUUUGGCCAUGCUGAGCGAACAGCCAAAGUAGCCUUUGCUGAACCCAUUCGAGAACCAGACCCUGAGAUAAUGGCGCAGGUGAAGUCUGUAUUUAUUAACGGUCUCCCCUUACACUGGGAUGAAGAUCUUGUGAGGGAGCUGUUCAAAUCUUAUGGUGAAAUAAUAAGAAUUGUACUAGCACGGAAUAUGUCUACAGCUAAGAGGAAGGAUUAUGGAUUUGUUGAUUUUUCUACACAUGAAGCUGCUGUAGCUUGUGUUGAUGGUGUAAAUAAAUCAGAAUUGGGGGAUGGAGCAUCAAAGAUAAAAGUGAGAGCUAGGCUGUCAAAUCCAUUGCCUAAAACGCAGGCUGUUAAAGGUGGCAUGUGUGGUGGGUUCCGAAUUGGUCAUGCUAGGAGUGGAGCCUUUCCAAGAUCUGGAAGGGGUUUUGGGCGGGGAAGACAGCCCUUCAAUAAUUGGGGAAAUUUCAACAGGGACAGGACUUUCUAUCAUGAUGGACACAGUCAAAUUGGAAGGAUGGCUUUUCGGGACACCCGUGAUUUUAGUACGUAUCCAGAUUUUCGUCAGAGGCAAUUUGGUACCCAAGGAGCUGUGAGGGGUGGACAUUAUGCAGGUAGCAGAGGUGCAGCUUUUGCUGGUCCAUCCAGACCUUAUAAUGAUAGAGCCUGGUAUGGUAUUCCUGAUGGGGGCCCUAGUGAGCCUAUUCCUCCAAGAGGGCCGUACUCUCCAGGUGGACAGUUUGACAUGCCUUUCAUGGGAAGGCAUUUUGAUGACCCAUAUCUAUAUGAUGGCAAUAUGCAUGCGAUGAAACGCCCAUUUUAUAUGACUGAUCCUGAACCUGAUUACAUGGGGCCUAAUAGACAUCGUCCCCGAUUGGAUUAUGCAGAUCCACCUAUAUUUCAUGGAACACAUCAUCAUGAUUCUUUUGGGUCCGGGAACAGACAGUACCCACCUGACUACUAUGGUUCUGAUUAUGGUAGAGGCCCAUAUUCAUCUUAUUAUGGGGGUGAUGGCUCACAUGGACAUGGAUACUAUUAUUAGUGUCAAGAACCUUUAUGGUGGCUCUGGAAUUAUGGGAUGGACAUCUCCAAAUACAAGCAUGUUGCUUGAGCAUACAAUUUUGAAAUUGUUUGUUUAUUUUAUACCCUUCUCUCUUAUUCCCAUCUCUCUUAUUCCCAUUCCACCUGGUUUGUUUCUAUAUAUCUGUUAGAUUAUAGUUGGUAUAGACUAAGUUGAUUGUCGUGUAGGUUGUCAGUCGUCUCUCUGGUCCUGGAGUAAGCUAUUAAUAAGAUUUAUAUCGAAUAGGCUAGAUUUUCUUCCUUUACCUAGGUAUGAUUAGGUCAGGGACUUGUAUUUGAGGAUGCUUUGUUGAAUGUACAAUAUAAUUUUGAAUCAUCAAGUAUAACUUUGAUGAUCAGAUAGUUUAAAGGACUAUUGGAAGAAAAAUCUUUCAAGUGAUGGGUUUAUCUUUUUACAAAGUGAUAGGCAAGGUUUGAUAUUUGAAUAUGCAUAUGGAACCUCUUUUGAUUCUUAUGAAGGUGUUGGAGAGUUUGCUUACAGUUUCAUUUCAUUACUAGGAGCUAAUUUUGAUCUGAACCGAAAGCUACCAUAUUUUGAAGUCCUUUUGAUUGGGUGGGAUCUUCAAAUAUUUAUUGAUGUCCAUAUGGAAGCAGCCGUUUUAUGGAAAACUUUGUUAUUGAAUUUAUUGGAAGAUCGAGACUAGGGAUUAGGUACAGUGAAAGGCUGGGAAUGAGUUUCAUGGAUAUUGUCAUGGUUAUGGGGAAAAUGACCCAUUUGAUUAAGUUCUUUUUGAUACUAAGUAAUUACUAAUUUGGGUAUCUGUGGGGAGAUCUACAUUUUCUUUUCUUUCUGAUGUAGUAUUGGCACCGACUGAGAAUAAAAUCACUGUUGAUUUAGAGUGUGAAUAUCUAAUGUUGUGGGCAUCUAAGGAUGUACCCAGUGUUUUAAUUGUCAGCUAUAUUUAUUUUGGAUGGUUCUAUGAAACAUAUUGUGAACCAUAUCAAAUAGAACUGGAAGCAUUUUCUUCUUGCAUUGAAUAUUACUAGGUCGUUUCUCUUUCUGUAGUCUUAGAAUGUUUAUUGUUGUGAAUAGGCGGUGGGAGCAAAGCAAUCAGAAUGCUACUUUGGAUCUAGCAUGGACCAGUGCCUGUCUUUUGAAUAUUUAAUGAUUAUGUUACACCUAGAAGUUUAAGGUGUAAUACGAUUUAUUGAGGUACUAAUUUGUUCAAAAACCACAAUGGUUACCGAAUGCAGCCAAAGAUGUAAGGUGUCAUGCUUAGCGGCUUAAAGGUUGGGUUAGAGACAGUGGAACAGGACUUGGAUAUAAGAUGCUUGCUAUUCAUGCAUUCUGUUUUCAAUAUAAAUUCACUAGGAUUUUCUGAGGGUGUUUCUGUUUAUGUAGCCUUAUCUUGCUGCAGUCUUGUUUUAGAAUAGUUAGGAGUGAUUUUUUUGAGCUUUUCAGUUGCCUUUCAGGUACCAUUUUUUUUGUGAUAAAUUUCUCAAAUUUUGUUGUUUGGCUUUUUGUUGAAAAAUGUCUUGAAUAUUUGUUUUUGUGUGGGUCAGCAUCCUUAGGACUUUUAGCUGGAGUAAAGACUUGCUUUCAGCCUUUAGGAUUAAUUUUAAGCAUAUACAAGUAAUAAGCUUUUAGUGAAAAACUUUUAUUACAUUGGAAAUACAAAAGUGUAGUAAAUACUUUUUUUUUAAUAAACUUGCAACUCAUAAAUGCUUUAAAUCAGUCAUAAGGUCUAGUGUCAACAUUUUCCACUAAAACACACAAAAACACCCACCUCCUUCAUUCCCAAGAUCUGAAAUAUUUUCAGUUCCUUAUUAAAUUUUAAUGGGUUUCAUCAUGGAAUAUUGCUGCGCAUAUACUGAAGUGGCUGGGACUUGGUAUUUGUGGGAUGGUUACUUCCCAUCGUCAUUGCAUUACAAAAUUGGCCUCAUUUCUGUGUUCAGUUGGGUAGCAUGAUGCAUUGAUUCCCUAAGGAUUUGGUUAGAUGCCUUUACUGGAUUUUUGCACAGAAUUUGGCUUAGAUAUGAUAAACUACAUCUUUUACAGGAUUUAUGAGUAGUCAGAGGCAUAAACCAAUUCAUUGUCGGAUUAUUGUUAAGAACCAAUAUCAAUACAAUAAUGAAAGGACUUUUUUCUUUUAGACUUUGAGAUCCCUAUUAUCUGUUUUAAUUAAACUUGAAAUUUGUAAUUACUAUAAUGGGCCUAUUAACUUUUCUUGAUAAACAAAUGGCUAUAUGAAUAGACAAAUGAAGUCUCUUGAGUCUUGACCAACUGAAAGUGUAACGAUGCUGCUAAGCCAUUUUUUUUUCCCUUUGCGUCCUGCAUUGAUUUUAAUUUCAGUUGUUCCUCUAUUAUUUUGACCUAAAGUUUGGACAAUCUUUUACUUUCUUUUGCUUGGUUGUACAAGGGGAGCCCGUUUGUGGCAAUGUAUUUCUGAAUUUACAUUUUCUGCAAGAGAUCCUAGGAAUUUUUAAGACGUGUAGACUAGAUCAUGGUCUUUUAGCUAAGAAUGGGCAUUUACAAUUAAUCAAAUAGAAAGUGCUUGCAGUGUUGGAUAAUCUAGCUACGUCGUUUUAUGACUUCUAGACGUAUUUGGUUGUGCUCCAGGUAUGUUAGUUAGACUGGCUUAUGCUAAUAUCUAUGCUUAAUUUGAGCAAUGGUCUUUAGCCUGUGCAGCCGAAUUUAUUUCUUUACACUUGAUAGUUGUUAUUGUUUUUUUUUUAACGUUGAAUGAUAUCCAGACAUUCCAGCACCGAAACUGUGUAAAGAAUAUAUACUAGCUUCUGGUGUUUUCUUACUCAGUUCUAGAGUUGGAAGAUGGAAUCCAUUGAAGGGUAGGUAGGGCCUCUCAUGUUAUGUCGAAUAUUCAGAAUUCAUACAAUUGUAAUUGCUAUGUAAUUUUUGCAGUCGAUGUCUGGGAUUUAUUCUGAUGGAUUAAUUCUAAUUCUUUG